AUGAUAGAGUCCAAAAAGUCAGAACUAAAAAAUGAUUUGAAGGAAACCAAUUAAUAGAUAUACGAAUUGAUCGAAUAAGCCAACUAGCAAUUAUAAACCUCAUUUAACAAAAGAGAAGAGGAAUUGUUGAAGUUAUAUAAAUAGGAGAUGCUUAAUGUUUAAAGACAACUAGUUAAAAUAAGAGAUGAGGAGAGUUAGACUGAGAUUGAGAAAAGAAUUCAAAAGAAUAGAGAGGAACUAGCAAAGGAGAGAGAGUUGUAUCUUGAGAGGAGCAUUAAGUUGAGUGAUAACAUUAAAGAAUUGGGUAAAAUUGAUCGUGAUAUUCGAUAAAGUUUCAAUGAAUUGCAGAGUGAAAUCAAAUUCUUGGAUGAAUAGUUGAUUUAUGCUGACAAACACAACAUAAUAUUGCAAGAGGAAUUGAACAGUUUGGGAGAGGAAGAGCAGCAAAUUCAGACUUAAAUUAGAAGAUAACCGAAAUCAAUGUAGCAAUUAUAAUCAGUUCGUUUGAUGCCAUUGCCACAAAUCAAGAGGAAUUCAUGUCAUUUACAAUAGGAGCAAGAAUUGAAUGCAAAAUUAAAGUAGCAAAUUAAUUAAGUUGAGGAAUUCUAAGAAUCAGAAUUGGAGCGAUGUUUUGAUGAGUCACUCUUAACUGUAACGGAGUAGAGUGAGGCAUCUACCAAUAUUGAUUUAACAUGUUGUAAUGAUUUUUCUGAGUAUUCUAAACGAAGAAUUUUCGAAGACUUUUUAGAAAAACCAUAUGUAAAAUAAAAAAUCUAUGAAUUAUUAAUAAAUAAAUGA